GUAUAUCUCUCUCAACCUCGGUAUAUGCUUCCCGCAUCUUCGUCUUAUCCUUGCGCCAUUUCCAAAACAAAAGGCGCACAGUCACACACACACACCACACGGUACACACCUUCCACCCCUCUUUCUCUCUCUCUCUCUCUCUCUCUCUCUCUCUCUCUCUCUAAUGGCGCGAACUAAUAGUUCGCCGCUUCUAAACAACAAUAAAAAUCUUCUCUUCACCUUCAAUCCCAACCCCCCACAGUCGUUAUUCUUCUUCAAUAACUCGUUUCACAGCUCCAAUUCUCUCAACUCUCCGUCGCCCAAACAGUUGCAUUUGCUAUUGCAGUCCCGAAAAUCAUGCACUCCGAUCACCAGGGUCUCCACCGCGCCGGUGGAGUACGCGCCUUCGGCACCGGACUUUGGUUUUCAAGAGGAAAUUGCCAGGCUCAAUGGCCUCAGAGAAGCUCUAUCCCGCUGCGGGACGCUGGCGGAGAAGCUGAAGACGAUCAACUUGGAUUCUAGGGUUAAGUCCUUUUCCAAUUCGUGGAGGAAUGGUUUGACUGAUUACGAAAUGUAUUUGCUUAAAUGCGUAGUGGCCGCUGGGCAAGAGCAUGUGCUGGGUCAAUUUGGGAGAGAGUUGGAGAAUGGUGAACUGGAAAUGGGGAGGAGUGCUAUCAAAACUGCGCUGUAUACAUUAGCUGAGAUGAUUGAGAAUUGGGAUUUGAAUGGCCGAGGCACAAGUCACGAUUUCAAAGAUGAAGAUAGAGUGGCAUUAAGAUCUCUGUUGAAGAUGCUUGGUGAAGUUGAGCAGUUCUAUGACUGCAUUGGUGGAAUAAUUGGUUACCAGGUGAGUGUGCUAGAGCUGCUUGCUCAAUCAAGUCAUGAAGAGCAAACCAUUAAUUGGUCCCAGCAAAUAAAUAAGUUAUUGAAAUGUCAGAUUGUGGAAAUUCAUCCUCCCUCUGUUCUUCAUCUUUCCGAAGCUUCUGAGUAUGCAUCUCAAGCCGCUCUUUGGGGGAUUGAGGGUUUGCCUGACUUAGGAGAAAUUUAUCCUCUAGGAGGGUCGGCGGAUAGACUUGGCCUCGUUGAUCCUGAAACAGGCGAAUGCCUUCCCGCUGCAAUGCUUCCUUAUUGUGGGAGAACUUUAUUGGAGGGCCUUGUAAGAGAUCUUCAGGCUAGAGAGUUCUUGUACUUCAAAUUGUAUGGGAAACAAUGCAUCACUCCCGUUGCAAUUAUGACAAGCUCUGCAAAAAACAACCACAGCCAUAUUACAUGUCUUUGUGAAAAGCUCAAAUGGUUUGGAAGAGGAAGAUCGAGCUUCAUGCUUUUUGAACAGCCUCUUGUUCCAGCUGUUACAGCAGAAGAUGGGGAUUGGAUUGUAACAAGACCAUUUGAACCGGUAUGUAAGCCUGGGGGUCAUGGUGUCAUAUGGAAAUUGGCCCAUGAUAAAGGGGUUUUCAAAUGGUUUCGCAGUCAUGCAAGAAAAGGAGCAACUGUCAGACAAAUCAGUAAUGUUGUAGCUGCCACGGAUUUAACUCUACUAGCUUUGGCUGGAAUUGGUCUACGCCACCAAAAGAAAUUAGGAUUUGCCUCAUGUGAACGAAAUGCUGGAGCAACAGAAGGCAUCAAUGUUCUACUUGAGAAGAAGAAUAUUGAUGGGAAAUGGGCAUAUGGUUUGUCUUGUAUUGAAUACACUGAGUUUGACAAGUUUGGAAUCACUGCCGGGCCCCAUUCUCCUAGCAGUUUGCAGGGAGAUUUUCCUGCUAACACAAAUAUCCUUUACGUGGAUUUACCGUCUGCUGAGCUUAUUGGAUCAAGCAAAAACAAGAGCAGUUUGCCAGGAAUGGUGCUUAAUGUAAAAAAGCCAAUUACAUAUAUGGAUCAGUUUGGAAUGAAACACUGUGUUUCUGGAGGCCGUCUCGAAUGCACGAUGCAAAAUAUUGCUGAUAAUUUUUCCAACACAUAUUCGUCUCGAUGCUAUGAGGGUGUAGAAGAUGGGCUGGAUACCUUUAUUGUGUAUAAUGAAAGAAGAAAGGUUACUUCUUCUGCUAAGAAGAGGAGGCGACCUGCUGACAGUUCACUUCACCAGACUCCAGAUGGUUCUUUGUUGGACAUCAUGCGUAACGCUUAUGAUUUACUCUCUCAUUGUGGAAUUACAAUGCCAAAGGUUGAAGGUAAUGAAGAGUAUGCUAAUUCUGGACCGCCAUAUCUCAUCCUCCUUCAUCCUGCUCUUGGCCCUCUUUGGGAAGUCACCAGACAAAAGUUUCUGGGUGGUUCCAUUUCUAAAGGCUCCGAGUUACAAAUAGAGGUCGCCGAGUUUCUGUGGAGGAACGUUCAGCUUGACGGAAGUUUGAUCAUCUUAGCUGAAAAUGUUGUGGGCUCAACUAAGACUAAUGAAAUUGGUGAACCUAUAUUGCAGUAUGGAAGAAGGUGUGCAAGGUGCAAAUUAGAGAAUGUAAGAGUAGUGAAUGGCGGAAUUGAUUGGAAUUCAGAAGAUAACUUGUACUGGAAGCAUGAAGUGCAGCGGUUUGGGACCUUAAAGGUUAUCCUACAUGGAAAUGCUGAAUUCGAAGCUACGGAUGUUGUAAUACAGGGAAAUCAUGUUUUUGAUGUCCCAGAUGGGCACAAAUUGAAGAUCACAUCAGGCAUUUCAGGUUUAGAGAUGAAGCUGAAGCCUAUAGAAGAUGAACUGAUGGAUAGUGGAACCUGGUUUUGGAAGUACAAACUAAACGGCACACACGUCGAAUUGGAAUCUGUAGAUUUUUAAGUCCAAAUUCCACAUCAUGUGAAUUAUUGUUCACAGAUAAACGCAGUGGUCUCGCAUUGGUUGAACACAAGUUUAACCCUUUCCAGAAUCAUGUUCAUUUGUAAUAAUUUGUAAUUUAUAUGUAUAUUUUGUAAAAGAUGAACAAGGUCAAUCUAAUAUAGUUUUUAUAGUCUUUCAGUUU